AUGGUGGACUCAAAACCCAUCAUGGACCAAGUGCAUGACCUGCAGAUGAUACUCCAAGAGAUAUCAGAUGAAGGAAUGAAGAUCUGUGAGACUUUCACAGUGAAUUGCUUCAUUGAGAAGCUUCCCCCUGGCUGGGCAGACUUCAAGAACUAUCUUGCAUUCAAGCAGAAGGCUUUGACUUUGGCCAACUUGAUUUCUAGGCUGCAGAAUGAGUCACUGAAGCGUGAAAGAGCUGAAACAGUUCAGACUCAUGAUGCGAAUGUGGCUGAAUUUCGCAGUAAACCAAAAGGCAGGUUUAACCCUAACAAGGGUCCGCUCAACAAGGUUGGACAUCGCGGAGCCGAUUGUCGCAGCAAGGCCAAGGAGAAAAACCAAGCCAACUUGACAGAGGAUGACAUGGUGGCUGUUGUUACAGAAGCUAACAUGGUUGAAGAGAAUCCGAUGCUAUGGUGGUAUGACACUGGUGCUACCACACAUAUCUGCAUUGACAGACAGAUGUUCAGCACUUACCAGAAAAGCAAGGAAGAUGCUCGUCUGCUGAUGGGAAAUGUGUCCCACUCCAAGAUUGAAGGCACUGGAAAGGUGGUCCUGAAGAUGACAUCUGGAAGAGAGCUCACACUCAACAAUGUGAAGCAUGUUCCAGACAUGAGGAAGAAUCUGAUUUCUGGCACUCUGAUGAGCAAGCAUGGAUUUGCCAUCAACUUCGAGUCUGACCAGCUGAUUCUCAGGAAGAAUGGUGUUUUUAUAGGAAAAGGUUUUGUUAAGGAUGGACUGAUUAAGAUGUGUGUAUCUCCAGUCCAGAGAAACAUUGUUGAGAAAGGCAUCAUACAUCAGACCACUGCUCCCUAUUCACCAGAAUCUAACGGAGUUUCAGAAAGAAAGAAUCGAACUCUGAAAGAGAUGAUGAAUGCAAUGUUGCAGGAAUCUGGGCUACCGCAGAAUCUGUGGGGGGAAGCUCUGCUAGCCACAAACUAUAUCCUCAACAAAAUACCACACAAAGUAACUGGCAAAACGCCAUAUGAGCUUUGGAAAGGUUCAGCACCUUCUUACAAAUACUUGAAAGUGUGGGGGUGCUUAGCAAAAGUUCAAGUACCACCUCCUAAGAAGGUUUCGAUUGGGCCUAAAACAGUGGACUGUAUUUUCAUUGGAUAUGCGCACAACAGUAGUGCUUAUCGGUUUCUGGUGCACAAGUCAGAUAUACCAGAUAUCCAUGCAAAUACAAUUAUUGAAUCAAGGAAUGUGUCAUUCUUUGAGAAUAUCUUUCCAUGUAAAGAUAGACAGAAGCUGAAGCGAACUCAUGACGCAAUUGUGCCUGCAAAUGAGACUAGUACAUCUGGUACUUCAGUAACUGAAGCAGAAGAAAAUGAGGUUGAACCUAGGCGUAGCAAGAGAGCUCGUAAGGAAAAAUCAUUUGGUGAUGAAUACUUAGUGGUAUUUCUCUGUGAGAAUGAGCCAAGGACAUAUUCUGAAGCCAUGUCUACACCAGAAGCAGACUUAUGGAAAGAAGCUGUAAACAGUGAAAUGGAUUCUAUUCUGCAGAACCAUACUUACAUAAUCACUGAUUUACCUCCAGGGUUUAAGGCACUAGGGUGUAGAUGGAUAUUUAAAACGAAGCUCAAAACUGAUGGAGCUAUUGAUAAAUACAAGGCAAGACUUGUGGUGCAAGGAUUCAGACAAGUUGAAGGUCUAGACUUCUUUGACACUUAUUCUCCAGUGACGAGAAUAACUUCAAUCAGAAUAUUGAUAGCUAUUGCAUCUUUGAGAGACCUGGAAAUCCAUCAGAUGGAUGUUAAAACAGCUUUCCUUAAUGGUGAUUUAGAAGAGGAAAUCUACAUGAAACAACCUGAAGGUUUUGUGACACCAGGUCAAGAACACAAAGUUUGUAAACUUGUGAAAUCGCUGUAUGGACUGAAACAAGCUCCAAAGCAAUGGCAUGAAAAAUUUGACCACGUGAUGAUGUCAAAUGGAUUCAGCAUCAAUGAAUGUGACAAAUGCAUUUACGUCAAGAACACUCCCAGUGGGUACGUUUUGCUGUGCUAUAUGUUGACGACAUGCUCAUCAUGGGCAGUAACAAGGAUAUAA